UUGGUGAUUCAGUUUUCAAAGGAGGAGAAUAUAACAUUAGGAGGGGGGCAGUCUGCUGAGAUAUUAUUGGGGAGAGACACGAGGCCUAGCGGUGAAGCUCUUCUUGAAGCUGCAAAGCAGGGAAUUAAUGCUAUAAUUGGUGCUGUUGCAAUCGACAUGGGAAUCUUAACAACCCCACAACUCCAUUGGAUGGUUAGGAGUAGGAAUAAGGGAAUGAAGGCAUCUGAACCUGAUUACUUUAUGCAACUCUCAAGAUCUUUUAAGUGUCUAAUGGACUUGGUCCCUCAUGAAAAAAUAAAGGAUCGGAUGGAUGCAAAACUUGUUGUGGAUGGAGCCAAUGGUGUUGGUGGAGAGAAGCUUGAAGAAUUGAAGAAAAUGAUGUCAGGGUUGAAGAUUUAUGUGAGAAAUUCCGGUAAGAAAGGAGAAGGGAUACUUAACGAGAGAUGUGGUGCUGAUUAUGUGCAGAAGGAGAAAGUUGUUCCAUGUGGAUUUGGCCUUGGUGAUGUAGGAAUAAGGUGUGCUAGUUUGGAUGGUGAUGCUGACAGGCUUGUUUAUUUCUCUGUCUUAUCACAAACUAGCGGUAGCAUUGAUCUUGUCGAUGGAGAUAAGAUAUUAUCUCUCUUUGCUGUAUUCAUCAAGGAACAAUUAAGUAUUCUUAAUCAGAAGGAAAAUGAACUAUGCAAAGAAUUCCCAGCAAGACUUGGCAUUGUUCAGACAGCAUAUGCGAAUGGAGCAUCAACAGAUUACCUCAAGCAGCUGGGUCUGGAAGUAGUACUUGCUCCUACUGGUGUAAAAUAUCUGCAUAAGAAAGCUUUAGAGUAUGACAUUGGAAUAUAUUUUGAGGCAAAUGGGCACGGAACUAUUCUGUUCUCAGAAAAUUUUAUAUCUAGAUUGGAGGCUAUGAACAAUGAACUUGCCUCUGCAUCUGCAGGUACAGAGUGUCAUAAGGCUGCUCUUAGAUUGUUGGCAGUCAGUCAGUUGAUCAAUCAAGCGGUAGGAGAUGCUCUUAGUGGGUUGCUUUUGGUGGAGGCUGUGCUGCAAUAUAUGGGAUGGUCAAUCCAAAGGUGGAGUGAACUUUACAGUGACCUGCCCAGCAGACAGCUGAAAGUAA